CAGCGGUCGAGUGUAAUUCCCAUUACAGCGGGCGGGUCCUCUGUGAGUCAAGACUCGUCUCUUUAUAGCAAUAAUCCUGGGGCAUUUCUCCACAUUGUGCCGAAAACUUGGAUACACGACCACCGGGACUACAGGGAAUCUCAACCUAGCGAGGAAAUAAGGUAUGGCAGCCAUAAGGAAAAAGCUGGUGAUCGUGGGCGAUGGAGCCUGCGGAAAGACCUGUCUACUUAUAGUGUUCAGUAAAGACCAAUUUCCAGAAGUCUAUGUGCCCACUGUGUUUGAGAACUACAUUGCAGACAUUGAAGUAGAUGGCAAACAGGUGGAGCUGGCAUUGUGGGACACAGCAGGACAGGAGGACUACGACCGUCUGAGACCCCUGUCGUACCCAGAUACAGACGUCAUCCUCAUGUGCUUCUCCAUAGACAGUCCAGACAGUUUAGAGAAUAUCCCAGAGAAAUGGACACCUGAGGUGAAGCACUUCUGCCCGAACGUUCCCAUAAUCCUUGUUGGGAAUAAGAAAGAUCUGAGGAAUGAUGAGCACACACGGAGAGAGCUGAACAAGAUGAAGCAGGAGCCAGUUAAACCAGAGGAGGGCAGGGACAUGGCAAAUCGUAUUAGCGCAUUUGGCUACCUGGAGUGCUCUGCCAAGACUAAGGAUGGUGUGAGGGAGGUAUUCGAAAUGGCCACUAGAGCGGCGCUGCAAGUCCGCAAGAAAAAGAAGAGGGGCGGCUGCCUGCUGUUGUGAGAAAUUUCCGGUCCUUUUUUUUUGGGUUUUGAAUGACCCGGAAUGUUCUGUUACAACUUCCAACUGACCAGGAAAUGCCAUACUCUACAAGAUUUUUGACCAAACAGCAUAAAUACACUGUACUGUAUGUCACAUUUCAUGCAAACCAGGUAACCGGUGCGAAUUUAAAAGAAAGUUAAUAAAAUAUGCAUUAAAAGAAUGGGGGCUGGGCAACAAAACAGGUUACAUCAAUAAAUGACACACCUUGAUUUGGUUUUCCUCUAUGGCACAAGGUUUUUCUGCAUAAAAAUAGUUUAAUUUCCAGCUUGUCCUGUAAGGAUGAAGUAAACAAUAACCCUAUUGUAUUUUUGCACAUUUAUCAUUCAGCCAUUAUAACCUUGAUGGAAAUGUUUUGCUUUGGAACUAUUGCAGAUUAUGUUUAUCUAAAUGAAUAGAAAAGAAUAGAAAAAGAGCACAAAAUUUGGUGAUGGAAUCAGUGCCUUUGUGAACGUUCCCUCCAGAAAUUGAAUGUACAUUGCAAAGUGCUAGUUUAAAUUUUUGGUGGACUGUACAUGCUUUUUGAGUAGUGAAUAACUUAAAGCUAAUUAAAUAUAUUCAAAAAAUUCAAAAUCUCUAUAAAUAAUGAAUGUAUUUAUAGCUUAGGAGCCUUUCCUAAGAAUCAGAAAUUAUAGUACAUAAAUAUAAUGAGAAGGCCCAAUCACAAAGCCAACUGCCAGAUGGGAGUGUGACAUUUUUUAUUUGUAUUAUCCUAUCCAUCCUCCACACAGGCAUAAACACGCAUAUGCACAUAUUGACUGUGCUCUGUAGAUACUAAACUGGUUGAACCUGCUACGGGUAUCCUCUGAGAGAGCUGUCACCUAAUCUGACUGCAUUGUCCUGACAUUAGCUGUCUUAAAGGACACAAGCUCAAGUCUUGUUAAUGGAAAACACUUUAUUUUUAUUUUUUAUUUUUUUUAUGAGAUCACCUUUGAAUGUUUCUAGUCCUGAGAAAUCUCAAAUAAAUACACAAACUGGUGAUUGUUAGCAAACGUAUAUUUGUUUGAAUGAAUAGUUCACCCAAAAAUUCUGUCUUAUUUACCCAUUACCCCUGUGCUGUAAUUCUUUUUUUAUAAUUAUUAUUAUUUUUGCAGAAAACACAAAGAAUUUUUUAAGAAUCUUAUGGUAGAUUUUCAUACAGAUCAUCGCAAACAGCUCUAAAAACAAUGUAAAAGUAGUCAAUACUUUUGUGCACUGUUUUCUGAGUGUUCUCAAGCCGUAUGCUAGGUUGAAAUAAAAAUGUUAUAUCCACAUAUUCAAACUGGUGCAACGCUUUCAGUUAUGACGGAAGCAGGAACAAAUAGCCUUUCCGCAAUAACGACAACCUUGCACAACAUGUCGAUGUGGAGUUUUUGAAUCCGAAUGCAAAUAAUAUUUCAGAGCUUCGGUCGAAGAGGGUCGCACACUGGUCGCGUCUGCCGAACGACAUGGCUCGUUCUAAAAUUCGAAACGAAUGUUUUCUAUGAAUGUACUCACACCACCGCCGCUGCUUGGCGUCUCUCGGCGGCACCAACCAACAACUAUGGAAGCUGCUCAAAUUUCUGCCACGUCACAGAGCGCAACUCGCAUAUUUUCCAUUAAAUUCGACCCAAAUCAUUAUCAUCGGACAUAUAUUAUUAUUACCUGUGCCGUGUCCUAGCUGCGCCGUGGCAUGGGUCUUCUCGUCCGGUGUGCGACCGCCUUUUAGAUUAUCAGUGAAUAAUGACUUAAAUGUCUAUAUGGUCCUUACACAAAGCUAUCAAAGCAAACAAAUUCUUCAAAAAAAAAUAUUUUUCUGUUCCACCAAAAAAUAAAUAAAUAAUGGAAUACAAGUUUGAAAGGUUGAGUUCAUAAUUCAUAUUUCUUUAACCCUUAAAUGGGAGUUUUGCCAAACAUUAUUACAUACCUCAGAUUUUUAGUGACCCGGCAUUCAUAUCCAUCACAAAUUGAUCUACAACAUCCCCAGAUAGUGUAGCAUGUUUAAGACAAAUUAGAUAAUGACAGAAUAGAAUAUAUUAUGUUAUAUUUUGGCUUUUUAUUUUGUAUAUGUCAAGGAGAAGAUGCAACAAAUGAUAGAAUGGUAUUCAUCACUUCCACGCUGAAAUUUUUUUGCAACUCAACUGACCUUAAAAAGCAUAUUGAGCUAAGCUACGCAUAAGUUACAUAUACGUAUUUCCUUACUGAGUCUAAACAGACGUAUCAAAACGUUCAUGUGCUGUACUUACUAUAUUUUAUAGUUAUAUGUUGCUUAUUCGUCAAAUAGCAAUGUCAAAUGUAAAUCAAGUCAAUCUUAAAACAGCAGCGCCACCUUGAGUAACAAAUAAUAUGUACAAUAUGUAUUUGUACACUCAUUAGGGAUACUAAUAAUUCACCACCAUUGUGCAGAAAGUCGACACAAUGUAUUAUUUGUAAGACAAAUUCCCUGCCAUGUUCCUCAUUUUAAGUCGCUUUAGAUAAAAUGUAGUAAUAAUUUGUAAGAAUAUGCCACUCAUUUUUCUUGUUAUACACAAAGAAAUAGAUAUCCUGUGGAAGUAAACUUGGAUAUGAUAUGAAUCAUAAAAAAAAUUCUAAAAUUAAAAAACUAUUAUUCAGAUAUUAGACGAUUCAUAAGAGAAAGGCUGAGGAAUACUAAAGAAAAAAUGGAUGAGGUAAAGGAGGUGGAAUGAGGUCCUGGGUCACUAAAGACCUGAGGAAUGCAUUUAAGGGUUAAUGAGGUUUGUUUGGGUAGUAUGAAGAGGCCUUGAGUGCCUUGAAUGUUCCCACAGAAAUGUGUGCCUUUAGUCAUCAGUCUUUUAAUGCAAAUGGGUUGAGGAGCAAGUAUUGGGUAAUGCUGAGCUAAGCCAGAUGAAUGUUUAUGUGCACCAAUGCGUUUUAUCACAUGAUCAGUGUUAUAACAUUGCAAUCAUGUGGUCGGGCCAUAGCACACUCAACUCUGGUAGUAAAACCAUAGCUAAGCUGUGCAGUGUCCGCAAGAAAAACAUUGUCUAGAAGAUCUGUAGCUUUCAAUUGUUGUUUUUAUGUUCCAUAAACAUCAUUUCCUCUGCUGUCCCAUGCUGGUGCCAUGAGAUAUUUGACCUGAGCUGAGUUAGUAAUGCCACACAAAUCUGCCCUGUGUUGACUGUUUCAGAGUGUUGAACUUGUAGAUCUCUACUGUAGAAUAAGAUGCUUUCAGAAAAUUUUCAGGUCAUACUUCAUUCCAAGAUCAAAAGAAAACAUAAUAUUUUGCUAAAAGAUCAAAUUAAGCCUUUCUUAUUACCAUUUAAAAAAAAAAAAUAAUAAUAAUUCUUUGCAUUUUUUUUUUGCAGUUUUUAAACACUUUAUGGGAGAGGGGGGUUUGCUUAACUGUCAUGAAAAUAUCACAAUGAAAAGGAAAAAUAAAUCUUAAUGGUCCUUAACAUAUUUUUUUUUAGGCAAAAUACAAUUUCCAUUUUAUUUAAUUUUUUUCAUUUUGGGAUGAAAUAUGACCUGUACAUUUUUUCAUUAGAUGAAAUUGAUAUUCUUAGGGAUCGUUAAGACUGAACACGUCCUUGCAUUGCAAAAAGCUAGAUACAGCACAAUUUCUGGAUGUAGUUGUCUCGAGAUUUUUAAAAGUUUAAUGGGCCAUUCAGAGCAAACAUAUUUGUGCGCUAAAAAAAAGCAAGACCCCACAAAAAAAAAAUUAUAAAUAAAUAACUGAAGGUGCCUCAACAUGCAUUUUUAAAAAUGUAAGGGCCAUUCAGAGUGAACAUUCUUGUGCUAAAAAAAAAGCAAAACACAGCACAACAAACAUCUGAAUGCUUGUUUCAGCACAUUUUGUAAGGGUUAAGGGCAUGAUGAUACAAUUCGACCUUUUGCUUCAUUUGUGCUUGGUGAGGAUAAUUUGGGGGAGGGGGGUCAAAGCCUACCCCAGCACCCCCCUUAUUCCAGCCCUGAACAAAGGGUGUCUUAAGAAGCAUAUUUACAAGAUAACAUUCUUUUAAACUUGACAAGCCAUCACUGAAAAAAACUGUUGGAUGCGGCGCAAAAGUCAAAGAUGUCAAUCUAAUGCAUAUUUACAAACAAUUACAAAAUGGCGCAAACAGAUGCAUCAGCACGUUCGGUGUGAACGGGUUGUUUCAUGUCUAGAUCUGGCAAGUAGCACAUAAACUUACCAUCUAGGCAGGGACGGAUUAUGACUUGCAAAGGCCCAGGGCCAAUUUUCUCCAAGGGCCCCCUCUAAAUGUCGUUUUCAUGACGAAAAGGAGGGGGUGUCAAGGGCCCCUGGUUCCAUUGGCCCGGUCUGUAAUCCAUCCCUGCAUCUAGGAUGGUUGUUUACGAACACUAGGGACACAGUGCCGUGGAAUAUUACGUUAUUAAACAGGGCAUUAUUAAAACCCAAACUGAAAUGCACUGACUGUACAAUACAAUGUACGAGCAACAUCACAAAAGACACAAGUACAAACUACACCACACUACUCGCAAAUAAGAGGAACAAGUUCUGUAUUUUUUUUUUAUGUAUUGAUUUGUGGAAUCAUUGAUGAAAACCUUGUUGUUCAAAAACUUUGUUAUUCAAAAAUGUAGAUGUGACUACAGAACUGGGUCCAGUGGCAUCUGCAUGAGCAAAUUCCUGGUUACUACAGCAACCGGUCUUGGCAUACUGAGUUCCUUAUCAGGCUCUAAAAUCAAUCUUCGGCUGUGUUCAUAUGGUUGCUUCCUUUUUUCUGGAAGUUUUAUUCAUCCAGAUUUUUAUGAGCGCUCAUAGUAACAAUGCUUUGUAAACAGGACUAGUAAUGUAGUAAAUGUUUGAAUGAUGUAAAACCGAUUUAUGUUAAUAAAAUAUUUUUUCGAA